AAUGACGAGCCUCACCUGUCCAGAGCUCCUUCUGACGAGCUGAUUGAGUUUCUGAGGUUGUUGCUUUGUGGACAGGAUGCCUCGCCAGCGCGUUAUUUACAGUGAUGUCUUCUACGAUCCUCUGACACAAGAUGUGGAGGAACUACUUGCUCAUUUCCAGCAGACGGACUCCGUCAGGUACGAGGAGUUCUCCGCCAUUUGGAGGGAGAUGGGCUUCUCAGAUGUUUUUAUAGGCACCACCAGUAGAAGUGAACUCAAGAGAUUCUGCAGAGUAGCGCUGGCCACAGCCGUCAAGUACUUCCUGCCUCCUUACAGCUACCAGAUCCGAGUGGGAGGCUUGUAUCUGAUGUUUGGUUUGUACAACACACAACUUGCUGUCCCGCCUGUGCAGAUUAGACUCGCUCUGAGGGACUGGGCCCAAGUGCAGAAGUUUGUCAAGGACUCUGUGGAUUCUGGGCAUCAGGAUGUUGUUUACAUUUAUCAAAAGCUUGUUGCAUCCAAAGCCAUUCACUACACCGCCAUGCCACAUUUGCUAACCUUCCUAAAGCAGAGGAAACGAAAGAAGGAAGCUGUGUGUGAAGGGUUUAUUGGGAGGACCGUGGCCGUGCAGGAGCUCUACUCUGCAGACAUCCUGGAGGAGGGGAGCAACAUCCAGAGCCAGUAUGAAACGCUGAAGGAGGCCACGGAGGAGGUCGGCAGCAAGGCCUCCAUGACCCAACGAGACUUCACCGCCCGCCUGAAAGACUGCAUGUCAGAGUUCCUCACUUGGCAGCAGAAGACUUUCUCGCAGCAUAAUAAAGAAUCUGGUGAUGAUGAGGACGAGGAAGAGGAGGAGAAGUCAGCUGAGGCCAGCAGCAGCAGGGCUAGACUCCUCUCCUCUAUCAAGCAGAAGAGCUACAGCAACUUCCAGGAGGUGUCCAAGGCCAGGAGGCACAGACAGCAAGAGACUGUGGAGGAGUCCAGCUCCGGGGCAGAGCAGGUCCAGGAGACUCUGCAGCGGAGGAGGCCUCCAUCACUGCGAGCUCGGACCUGGAAGAGUCUCGGGGUGACACGGGAGGAGUGCAGGCACCAGUCCUGGCUGCUGAGUGCUCCCGAGCAGCAGAGGGUGGCGGUGAGGAGAACCAACCAGACGCCACCGUUCAAGCCAUGAUGGGAGGCAGGAGGACUUUCAGCUGCACACAGAAGUUCUGUCCUUUGGUUUUGUUCUUCCAGGUUAAAUAAAGUUCACUUCAUUUGGAAAAUUACCUUUUUGUUCUGCCCGCAACUUUAGGUUACAUUCUCAAAAUCAGUCAAAAUGUUCGGCUGCAGAGUUUUUAAUAUAUUUAAUCUGGGUUUGUUUUCUAUACAUUCUCAUGUCCCCGAGGGCGAAAUGUAGUAUGAUGAGAAACUACAAGGAGCAAAAUCAAGAUAUUUAUACAUAUGCAGUGUAAAAAUAUAUAAUAUGGAAUACAUUUAAUAGACACAAAGUAAGAUAAAAUCCUGGCUAUUAAUGAAACUGUCAUUUUUGGAGUGAUUUCAAAAUGUCGAAGUUCUACUUUUAGAUAUUUGCCCAAAGUACGUCCGCACCAAUCUUUCAAGAUUUUGUGGCAUUUUUCUUUUAUUAUACUAAAUAUAGUCUUUGGGCACAAAUAUUUGGAAUUUCACCCAUGAUGUAUCUGUUGUUUAACUGGAAUCCUUUUAGUUUGUUAAUAAAUAUAUUUAAUUCUCACCUUUUUUGUCCAAAAAAAAUUCAUAUUUUAUAGAAUAAAAUAAAAACUAA